GGGAGCUGGACGUUAUUCACUGGAUAAUUACCCUCAAACAUCAGGAGGUCGAGAUUUUACGCCGACUUCACUUCAUCUCACAGCAGCUCAUCAACAUCUUCGCAUGCAUCAGCUCAGUCACCAGCACGCCUUCGCUCCCGUCCUGCAGCAGCCCUCGACCGUCCUGCCUGCUCCACCGGGACCUCGGGACAGUAAGUUCAACAUGCACCUUCCCAGAGGAACAUCCAGGCCCUCUUUUGUUCCGGUCACUGUCUUUCACAGAUCCACACAGAGGCCCUUCAGGUCAACAAAACGAGGGAGAUGGGGUGCACUGCAUGUCUGCAUUGCCUGGAAGAUUUAUUACCAUGAACAACACAAGAAAAUGCAGACGAUGCCUGACGGUCUGACGGCUGAGCAUCCUUCCACCAGCCUGCCUGUCUCGGCGCAACACAAGGAGUCAGACCAGCCCGCCUACAGACACAAGAAUCUGGACCCUCCAUGUGAACGCUCAGGGAAAAUGACUGAAAAUGCGAGAGAAUUCAACAGAAGUUAUCCCUCUGACCUUCACACGUCUUUACCCCUCCACGGCCACAAGAGGGAGACACUGGAACAGCCCUCGAACCUGCGCUGGAAAGAGAAAGCUGCUGAGGAGACACACAGGGGCCAGCAGACUGACAGAGCAAAGGACUUACCUCUUAGAGACAAAUCUUGGGAUCCAGCUGUGGAGCUUGACGGCAGACGCGGCGGCUCAGUCGACAGGAAAAGGCCGCUUGAGUGCGACAGCUUCAUGAAGCAGUAG